AUUAACCACAGGGCGAUUUCAACCCGCUGCAAGUGCGGGUGCAUCAGCGCAUGAGAUUGCUAAAGUUCACGUUGACACUGCUGCCCAUGACGGCGUCUGGUCUCACUCACAUCAUAUGUCAAAGCAUUAAUCGCGGUCAGCAAAAAUCCAUCAUUAUCACCGUAUCUCCCAUAUUGGCCUGCGAUACCUCCCAGCAGAUCUCUUCCCCAGACUGCCCGCUCCCCGUCCACCUCCGCAAAGCCCCCGCCCCCGCGCCCCCGGGGGUCUGUCCGUCUGAUGCGUGAGCCUAGCUGCGGGAAGGAGUAUAAGUAGACAGACUAUCAAAAGUGUAGUAUUUUGCUGUUCCGUGAUAAAAUCAUUUCCUAUAUGGGACCUUCUACAAUCUGAAAUGAAUUAACUAUCGCACCGGGCGGUGACAUCCAAUCAUCAAUCCCAAGACAUUUAGGAGAGAAACCUGAACAUAGUCCAGCAUGACGGGGAUCUUCGGCGAAGAUAUCGAGAAGAUCCUCGGUAUACGGUCAAUGACAAAUGCAAGCCGGCGAUUACGAGAACUCUAAAGCCUCACCAGCUACCGUCCCAAUGAGCAUAUACGAUCGAGUUGGCAACGUCCUCAGCGUCGAGAACCUUGGCCCCCGUUGGCUCACCAUACUUCUUGAUGGCCUCCUUAUCCGUCGACAUGCCAAGGAGCUCCGUCGCCGUGUUGCCUGGCUGGACGGAUGUUACCCUGAGCCCAGUGCCGGCCGUCUCGACACGAAGGCUUUGAAGCGUGGCCUCGACAAAGAACUUGCUCGCCGAGUAGACUCCAAGGCCAGGGAACACCUUUCUGCCAGCGUCAGAUGA